CUGCGCUAUCUAGUGGAAACUACAAAAAAGGGGCCCUGCGUCUUUAACGGCAAAUUGUACUGAAUUUUAUUUCGCGAGAUUUGCUUGGCGCGGUGACCCAUGUGAGCGACACCUCCUGCAAGAAUCAUUCUCCCCUGCAGAGGAAAAGGCUAUGGAGUGCUGAACGUUUUCACUGUUAUUCCCCUUUCCCCCCAAGCCCCUGUAUUUGUUGUGAUUAGAUUUCUGUAACCUUUUUGGUGGCUAUCGGGCGGUGGAACGAUGUGGAUUCAAAUUCGGACCAUAGACGGAAAGGAGACACGAACCAUUCAGGAUCUUUCCAGGCUGACCAAAAUUGAGUCUCUGAGGCUGAAAAUCCAAGAUAUCUUCAAUGUAAACCCCGGACAACAACGGUUAUUCUAUCGGGGCAAACAGAUGGAAGAUGGCCACACACUGUAUGACUACAAUGUGGGUCUGAACGAUAUCGUCCAGCUGCUUAUCCGUUCCCAUGCGGGGGACGCUCCAGACAGUCCUCUCGUCAUCUCCCCUGUCGUCAGCCCCAAGGAGUGUGACACAGCCCCCACCACCCCCAACACUACGACUGGUGCAGCUACCACCCCCUCUAAACCUACCACCGUGGCCCCAACACUUACCCCCAAACCCACCACAGUCAACAACAACACAACCACCACUGGCGACACUAGUACUACCACCAACAUCAGCACAACUACCAGUAAGAACGCGAGUAUCACCAGUGAUCCCAAUAACAACGGAGACGAGUCUUCUUCUGGUCCAACGGCACCACUGGAGAAGCACGACAACCAGCCAUCAACCUCUACACGUCCCUUCCUCAUAGACGCGGGAAUUGGGGUGUUCAAGAUAAACGAGUUGGUGGACUGCAGGGACAUAAGCAUCGGUGCCUGGUUUGAAGCCUGCAUCGACAACGUGUCACUCAGCUCAAAGGGACAGAACAGCACCAGUAAAGCUCCUACAGCAGGGAAGGUUGGCAGGCCUAGCAAAAGGACGAAUGGCAAGCUUGAGACAGAGCCGGGCCAAGGCCAAAGCCACCUCUCCUCCUCAGACAAUAAUAAUAAUAAUAAUAAUGGGAAUAAUUCUACUUCUGUGUUGAACUCUGACAGUAUUGGGCCAGGGGCUGGGCCCUCCACCUCUCAAACAGACUAUACUGCCACAGACAAAGAGAAGGAGGAUGUGACGUACCACAUCAGAUAUGAUGAUUACCCUGAGAACGGCGUGGUGGAGAUGUGUGGCGGUAACGUGCGGCCGCGGGCUCGGACCCUGCUCCGGUGGGACCAGCUCACGGUAGGCCUGGUUGUCAUGGUGAACUACAACAUAGAGAUCCCUGAGGAGAGGGGCUUCUGGUUCGAUGCUGAGAUUACAGCACUCAAUGAGAUCUCCAGGACCAACAAGGAGGUCCGCAUCAGAAUCCUGCUGGGGGGGCCAGGGGACGUCAUCCCAGACUGUAAACUGUUGUUUCUGGAUGAGAUCUAUCAGAUUGAGAAGACUGGAGCACACUCGCUGUCUGCUGUAGAUGGACAAUUCAAACGCAAGAGCGGGCCGGAGUGUAAGCACUGCAAGACGGACCCCGAGUCGGAGUGCAGGUUCUGCUCGUGCUGCGUGUGUGGAGGGAAGCAGGAUGCCCAUAUGCAGCUGCUGUGUGAUGAGUGUAACAUGGCCUUCCAUAUAUACUGUCUCAACCCACCGCUAGCCACCAUACCUGACGACGAGGACUGGUACUGUCCCACCUGUAAGAACGACACCAGUGAGGUGGUUAAGGCCGGGGAGAAGCUGAAGGCCAGUAAGAAGAAAGCCAAGAUGCCCUCGGCCCACACAGAGAGCCAGAGGGACUGGGGCAAGGGUAUGGCCUGUGUGGGGCGCACUAAGGAAUGUACCAUCGUCCCCUCCAACCAUUACGGGCCCGUACCUGGGGUUCCCGUGGGAACAACAUGGAAGUUCCGCGUUCAGGUGAGCGAGGCGGGAGUGCACAGGCCCCACGUGGGAGGUAUCCACGGCCGCAGUAACGAUGGCUCCUAUUCGCUGGUGCUGGCUGGGGGCUUCGAAGAUGAAGUGGACAGGGGAGAUGAGUUCACCUACACAGGCAGCGGGGGUCGCGACCUUUCAGGGAACAAGCGCAUUGGGGAGCAUUCCUUUGACCAGACCCUGACCCACUACAACAGGGCCCUGGCGCUGAACUGUGACGCCCCCAUCAACGACAAGGAUGGGGCGGAAUCCAGGAAUUGGCGUGCGGGGAAGCCGGUGAGGGUGGUGCGGAGCUCCAAGGGCCGACGUAUCAGCAAGUACGCUCCGGAGGAGGGCAACCGAUACGAUGGCAUCUACAAGGUGGUGAAGUACUGGCCAGAGAAAGGGAAGUGUGGUUUCCUGGUGUGGAGGUACUUGCUGCGAAGGGAUGACCUGGAGCCUGCUCCCUGGACACCUGAGGGGCUGGCGCGCAUCCAGACUCUGGGCCUGGCUGUACAGUAUCCUCCAGGCUACGUGGAGGCCAUGGCCAACAAGACCAAGAAGGAGGCUAAUGCUCGGCCAGGGUCCAGCAGGAGCAAGAAGCACCCUGGACGGGGCCGGCCGCGGCUACAACCUCUGAAGAAGAAGGUGAAGGAGGAGGAGGAUGAAGAAGAGGAAGAGGAGGAAGAGAAGCCCAUGGAGGGUGCAGACCAGUCACAGAGUAACGGCAGUCAGGAGACAGAGGUGUGUAAGGAAUCGACGGAGCCCCGAGCCAAGCGUCAGAAGAUGGAGGAGGCGUUCCAACUGACAGAGCAGCAGCAAAGCCUCAUAAAGGAAGACCAGCCCAACAGAAAGAACUGGGACGAGGCCAUGGGACACCUCAAGGAGGGGCCGAACUUCCUGAGGAAGGUGGAACAGACGUUUAUGUGUGUCUGCUGCCAGGAGCUAGCCUACCAGCCCAUCACCACCGUCUGUACACACAACGUGUGUAAGACCUGUCUCCAGCGGUCGUUCCGUGCUGAGGUGUAUACCUGCCCUGCCUGUCGCCACGACCUGGGGAAGGAUUACGUCAUGAUCCUAAACAAGACUCUACAGCUGCUGCUGGACCAGUUCUUUCCUGGCUAUAGCAAGGGCCGAUGAGGACAAGACACCUGCGCUUACCCAAACAGUUACACACAGACCCAUGAUUCAUACAAACAAACAUAGGCAUACACACUUAUUCAUACAUUGGUACACAGUAUACACACACCCUCCAUCUCCUAGGCAGCAGGGACUGACCCCACCUGUUGGACUUGGACUGUCCCCAUUUAUGUCACCAGCCUGAAGUCAUCCAAGCCCCAGGAGAGCCUGGAACACCAUGCCCCUACACCCCCAAUGGGUUCCCAUCCCUGGGUACCACCCCCCCCCCCCCCCCAUGAUUUCCCUCUCUCCCUCCCUCUCUAAUUUUCCACAUCCCCAGUCCACAGAACUCAUCAGUUCAUCGCCAUCUACCUGUCCAUGUGAGGAACAGCCAGAGAGGAUGCUAAUUACUAACCAUAGCCAUGUAGAGAAUGUCUCUAAGUAUGCUAAAGCUACUUAGCCUCCAAUGAGAGGGGGUCAGGGAUUACCACCUAGGAGAGAGGGUUGAUGGGAAAUGUAGUGUACAAUGUUAAAGGUUAUUUCUUUAUUACUGGUCGAUUUGAUCUUUAGACACAAAUGGGUUCAUUCUUUUAAAGGCCCUGUGCAGUAAAAAACUAGAUUUUCUUGUUUUAUAUAUAUUUCCACACUGAGGUUGUAAUAAUACUGUGAAAUUGUGAAAAGUAUGAUAAUGGCCUUUUAAUGUAAGAGCUGUUUGAAAAGACUGCCUGAAAUUUCAGCCUGUUUUGGUGGGAUGGAGUUUGGCCUUCCAUGGUGACAUCACCAUGUGGUAAAUUAGUUAAUAGACCGAUAAGAAAGAGGUCCAAACCUCUCUGCCAAUAACAGCAAAUGCUUUGUUUUCCCUUCUGCACUCAAACCACUCCCAGACAGUCCUAGCAAAGUUCUUGCUUGAGAAAUUGCUAUUUCUCAAGCAAGCUAUAUAAGGAGCUAUUUUUGAUUUGUUUUUAUUGAAAACAAUCACAGUAAGGUACUUUGUUGUAGCCUUGUACGAACCACCCUUGUCUCGCGAGUUCACAUUCAGUUACCCUACACGGAUAUCCAGGAUGGUUUGUACGAGGCUAGCUUAAUUGUUUCCUAGAAAUGAUUUUAAUAUUGAGAUAAAAAGAUUCUGCGUUGGACCUUUAAAGAUGUUCCUCCUUUUCUCCUCUGUUCCGUGUCUGUCUGUUCUUGUGGCGAUGUUCCUCCCUUUCUCCUCUGUUCCGUGUCUGUCUGUUCUUGUGGCGAUGUUCCUCCCUUUCUCCUCUGUUCCUUGUCUGUCUGUUCUUGUGGCGAUGUUCCUCCCUUUCUCCUCUGUUCCUUGUCUGUCUGUUCUUGUGGCGAUGUUCCUCCCUUUCUCCUCUGUUCCUUGUCUGUCUGUUCUUGUGGCGAUGUUCCUCCCUUUCUCCUCUGUUCCUUGUCUGUCUGUUCUUGUGGCGAUGUUCCUCCCUUUCUCCUCUGUUCCUUGUCUGUCUGUUCUUGUGGCGAUGUUCCUCCCUUUCUCCUCUGUUCCUUGUCUGUCUGUUCUUGUGGCGAUGUUCCUCCUUUUCUCCUCUGUUCCUUGUCUGUCUGUUCUUGUGGCGAUGUUCUUUUUCUUUAAAAUAUUUCAGGAUUUUUUUUAAAGACAUGCAAAUGCAAAAUGGUUUAAAUAAUGCUAUGGUCUCUAAAGCAGCAAACUGUGAUGUUUAUUACUUCCUUCCUACCUACUGCUCGAAGUGCUUUAUAUACAAAACAGAAAUGUUCUUCUGCAUUGACUGGCAAGCUAAUUGUGUCCUCCUCCUUUGAGCUUCUCUUCGUCCCCCCCUGUCCCUAGGGUUGCAAGAUUCCGGUAACUUUCCAAAAUUCCCAGGUUUUCCAGAAAUCCUGGUUGAAAGAUUCACGGAAUCAGGGGGGAGAAAAGCAGGAAAUCCAGGACUCCUUCAACAGGGAUUUCUGGAAAACGUUUGAGAAACUUUUGCAACCCUACCUACCCCCCAGUCUUGUACCGUACCGACCCCUACCGUGGACUACAGUACUAACAGUUCUCUAGACGGCAAGUGGAUGCUUCGCUUCAGCAUUAAUGUUCUCUGUUUUUAUUGUACUUGUUAAAAAGAAAAUAUGUUGAAAAUAAAAAGUGAUGUCUAUCAUUUCCUAUACUACUACAACGUAUGCCAUUUUUCUAUACUUUUAGUUGCCUAUUCUAUUUUAAUCUGUAGUUAUUUUUGUGGCAAACUUUACCUGCUGCUGUGUCAGCCUGAAUGAAGAGUUUCAUUGCUUCAUAUUGUGAUCUGAAAUUUUAUACAUGGUAUAAUAAUACUUGAUAUGUACCUAAUUAAAUAUUUUGAUUCCAGAAAACAA